AUGCCUUCCACCGGUGUUACGAUCACCAACCCUUUGGUGCUCUAUCGCAGUCUCAUUGCUACACAGAAGAUCCGACCUGAUCCAGCUCAGCAUCGUCUCGCAUUACAUUUACAGAAGCUCUAUGACAGGUUGAUCGACUAUGAACCGACUGUAGAAUACUCCAAGAGGCUUCAACAACUUACACGAGCUGUCGAUGCGGGCCAAGAUGCAUCGUCAUCAUCAACAGACUCACACGUCAACCGCUUCGGUAGAAGGGGCGUGUGGACGUCUUUACUUGCGCAAAAAGACCAAAGAGACUCCAAAGCAUUGACACGUGUUCUGACUAGCCACGAUGAGGCCAUGCAACUGCAAAGUCCCAAAGGCCUCAUGCUCCACGGCGAAGUUGGUACCGGAAAGAGUAUGCUGAUAGAUCUCUUCCAAGAUUGUCUACCAAACCGCAAGAAGCGGCGAUGGCACUUCAAUACCUUCAUGCUCGAUACCAUCUCGCGUCUGGAGCAACUGCGAAUGUCGAGAUCACUAGUGGCAGGACCUGGGACCGCUCACGAUGAGUAUUCUCUACUUCUCGUGGCACGCGACCUUAUCGAGAAGUCUCCCAUCCUCUUCUUGGAUGAGUUUCAAUUGCCAGAUCGCGCUGCUAGCAAGAUUCUGUCCAAUCUCAUGACGUCGUUCUUCCAGCUUGGUGGCGUACUCAUUGCGACCAGCAACCGCAUGCCAGAAGAGUUGGCCAAAGCCGCGGGUAUGGAGUUUUCGCGUCCUGUUACUCGCCUUAGCCGGUUAGGAUGGAGUAUGAGCAAGAGCUCGUAUACGAGGAGAGAUGAUGGGGCUGGCCAGAUGGGAGAGUUCGCCGCGUUCUUGGAGGUGCUUAGGGCGAGAUGCGAAGUUUGGGAAAUGGAAGGGAAGAAAGAUUAUCGGAAGAUUGAAAGCGAAGAACAGGAGGGGAGAAGAGAUAGUGUGCAGAUGCCAGCAUCCGAAACCGUUGCUGCCAACGCCACUGCAACCUCGACAGUCGAGGCAAUGGGUACUACAGAUCCUUCCAGUGCACCGCGAGAUACAGCCCCCGAAGCCAUGGAGACUUCAUCUUUUCUUCCAAAGAACUACCUCAUUCAGCCCAUCACUACAGAGACGAUGAUAGAGUUUGGCGAAUCUUUCAACUCUCUCGUCGAGCGCGCAACGAAUCGCGAAUACCCGGUCCCUUGGGAGCCCGCGACCCUCACGGUCUACAACCGGCCCCUCGAGAUUCCUGCUCAGUAUAAUGGUGUGGCAUUCUUCACUUUUGCUGAGCUCUGCGGCGCAGUCUUAGGUCCAGCAGACUACAUCACUUUAGCAUCUACAUACCAUACCUUCAUCGUCACCGAUGUACCUGUCAUGGGCUUACUGAUGAAGAGCGAAGCAAGACGGCUCAUCACUUUGCUCGACGCCAUGUACGAAGCAAGAUGUAGAUUGAUGAUGACGGCGGCUGCAGGUCCCGAUGGAAUUUUCUUUCCAUCCCGACCAUCUACGGCGGAACCAGGACAAGAGACACUAGACAAUGACGCCGUAUACCCAGAGACAUAUUCAGAGAUUUACCAAGAUCUCAAUUCACCCUUCAGACCGAACAUCUCGUCCUAUUCUGGCGAUAGUCUAUCCGAAGACGCACUAGAAGAUGAUCCACCAAAUCGCUCCCGCCAGGCAGGAACUUCUUUCACAGACGAGCGGAAAUUUGGUCCUGGGUCUCCCGACUUUGCUAAUAUAGGGGGUUUGACAGGUGAAGAUGAGAAGUUUGCUGUCAAGAGGGCGGAAAGUCGGAUUUGGGAAAUGUGUUCAGGGAGGUGGUGGGAUCGCUUUUCUGCUGCGGCUGACGAGGCGACGCCAUGGUGGAGGCCUCUUCCUCUUGAAUCAAGACACUGGGAAAGGGCUUCUGUUACGUCAAAACCUUGUCCAGCGCCGUCGCCGGAGUCACUUCCGCCUAACACAAAGAUUUUGUCCAAAGACGAAGUUGAAAAGGACCGUCAGAAGGAGAUGGAGGACAUGUUCAAGCAUGGUGCAAGUCCCUUCCGCACACAUCCUGAUGCUCCGCCCAAAUUCAGCUGGACACAUGCCUGGGGUAUGAUGACGUGGGGCAAGAAGGCUGGGGCUUGGGGAAAGGGUGUAGAAGGAUUGAAAGACAGAAACGGCAAUGAAGAGGGCAGUGAAGAUGGAAAGGACGGUAAAGACGAGAAGAAAAGAGAGUAA